GCAUGUAAUUCAGCUGUCCGCGGUUAGCGAUCGGUUUUCUAAGAUCUCUCUCAUUGUUUUCUUUUUGUACAUUAAUUGUGACUAAAUUCUAACUAAAUAAGGUGCGUAUUAAUUAAUAGGAUGGCGGAAGGUCCAGAUUCCAGUCCGGUACUGGCGUUACGCGGUUUCCGAUUUCAAAAGAAACCCCAAAUUCAAAGCCAGUCCAGCAAUGAUAUUUUAAACUCUUCACAAGACACCAGUCCUGAUAUUCCCAGUACAAAUAAGAGAAAAAGAAUCUUAAUAUUCAGCGAUUCAGAUUCAGAGGUUGAUACUAGUAAAGAGAGGACCAUUUCUCAAAUACCUUCACAAAACACUAAUCCUUUAGCUUAUAAUGGAUUAAGUUCUGCUCCCUCAAAUGGUGUAGUGGACAAGAAAGCGGGAGUAAGAGAAAAGGAAAAGCAAAUGAAGUUUUUACUAGAGAUAUUUCCCAAUAUUGAAACGAUGAAAAUCCAUGAUACCUUAUCGAAACAUGGAUUUAACACUGAUGCAGCGGCAGCAGAGUUGUCCCGCACAUACACAAGAACCAUGAUGCAAACCACUUAUAACAAUUGGAGUGAAGAGUAUGAGAAAAAUAGUCAAAGUUCCACUGGUGGAGCCAAUAAAAGAUGCGCGAACGGUGAACCUAAAAAAAAGAAAGUGAAAAGAAGCAAUGAGUACGAUAGUGAUGACAGUAGUGGCAGUCACAAUGACUUCAAAGACCACCGAGUGUUUCAUAGUGAUGAUGAUGACGAUUCAGAUGCUGAAAUAAGCGAUGAACUAACAGGUGACAAAAAAAAAGUUCUGGACUUUUUCGAGAAUGCCACCACAAACGAGCUGCAGCUGAUGCAAUACUGUUCAAAGAAAAAGGCUGACGCUAUAAUCGAGUGCAGGCCAUUUGCCGGCUGGAAAGAUUUGGUAACAAAACUGCAAAGUAACAAAAAUUUGAGCACGGACUUACUGAACUCGGCCCAGCAAGUGUUACUCACCAGAUCCAAUAUAAGAAUUUUAAUGAAAAGAUGUACGAAUUUGGCUCAGCAGCUGGAGAGGGCGGUGGCGGCCGGGGCAGGUGUUAAGAAACAGCCCCCAAACCUGUCGUCAAAUCUUAAACUCACCACUUACCAAAUGGUCGGCCUGAACUGGUUGGCGGUACUGCACAACCAAAAAGUGAACGGGAUCUUGGCGGACGAAAUGGGUUUGGGGAAAACGGUGCAGAUUAUCGCUUUUUUGGCUUAUUUGAAGCAUACCGGGCAGGCGCAGAAUACGCAUUUGAUCGUUGUUCCAUCGUCUACAUUAGAUAAUUGGAAAAACGAAUUUGCCCGAUGGUGCCCGGAACUGAGAGUGUUCAUGUACUACGGAUCAACCGAGGAGAGACGCGCUUUCAGGUUCGACUUGGCCAAAGGCAUGUUGGCGGAAUUCGACGUCAUAUUAACCACAUAUACCAUCAUAGGUAAUAGUCCGGAGGAGAGAAGGAUGUUCAAGGUGACCCCACUGCAUUAUGUCGUUUUCGAUGAGGCGCACAUGCUGAAAAACAUGAACACCCAAAGAUACGAGAAUCUAAUAAGGAUAAACGCCAAACAUCGCAUCUUACUCACAGGCACUCCGUUGCAAAACAAUUUGCUCGAACUGAUGUCGCUGCUGGUGUUCGUCAUGCCGAAAAUGUUCGCGGAAAAGGUCGACGACCUAAAGAAUCUUUUUCAGAAAAACUCCAAAACCAAAGAGGACCAGUCGGUGCCGGCGUUCGAACGCGAGCAAAUCGAGCAGGCGAAGCGCAUCAUGAAACCGUUCGUGUUGCGACGCCUGAAACGGGACGUUUUGCAGGAUUUACCGAAGAAAACCGACCUGGUGGUGACGGUUUCGAUGCUGCGCACCCAGAAGCAGCAGUACACGGACCUGGUGGCCGCGUAUAAGAACAUCGGCCAAGAGGGCGAACAGUACAACGGGAUGAGCAUAAUGACCGAUCUCAGGAAACUGAGCAAUCAUCCGUUACUGAUGCGUUAUCAGUAUGACGAGGGUAAAAUCGAGGAAAUCGCGAAAUUAUUGGCGAAGGAGCCGGGUUACAAGGACACCGUCGUCGAGUAUAUCGUCGACGAUUUAAGGUGGAUGUCCGAUUUUGAGAUUCACACUUUGUGUCAGGGAUUUCGGUGCUUAAGCACCUUCACUUUGCCGGACAGCGCGAUCGUGUCCUCCGGCAAAUUCACUUACCUGGACAAGUGUCUGCCCUCCUUACAAAAAGAGGGCCAUCGCGUAUUAAUAUUCAGCCAGUAUGUGAUACUUUUAAACGUCCUAGAGGUCUACCUACAGAUAAGAAACUAUCGGUAUUUGAGGUUAGACGGCAGCACCCAGGUGGCUAUAAGGCAGGACCUUAUAAAUGAAUACACAGAAGACAAAAGUAUCUUUAUAUUUCUAUUAUCUACGAGGGCGGGCGGUUUGGGCAUAAAUUUGACCAGCGCCGAUACCGUAAUCAUCCACGACAUCGACUUUAAUCCUUAUAACGAUAAACAGGCGGAGGAUCGGUGCCAUCGGAUGGGACAAACGAAACCCGUCACCGUUUAUCGGCUGAUUUCCCAAGGUACUAUCGAGGAGGGAAUGUUGGCUAUGUGCAGGGAAAAAUUAAGACUGGAAAAAGACAUUACAACUGAAGAAUCUGAUAAUCCGGAUGUGAAAAGUGUGGUGAAACUGCUCUCGUCGGUGCUGGGAAUCGAUGCGAAUCAAGCCACAAACCUCGUGUCACCAAACAAAGAGCCCAAGUAAUUGUUUCUUUUUUUUUUGUUAGUUAAUGAUCUUCUUUUUAGGUAUAAUUUAGUUGAAAAAAAGUUUUUUUUUAAUAUUUGCCCUUUAAUAAAAAAUCUUAUUUUUUA